UGACCGUCUUGACUUGACCUGAUGUCAAGAUAUCAAGAUAUCUAUAACACCGAUAAUUCACUUACUGUCAUGGGGGCGUGGUCAUGGUUCAAGGGUCUUAUUGUAGUGCAGCUUCUGCUGGGAUACAUUUUCCUGGCCAGUGGCUUUCUGGUCAGCUUUCUCAUGCUUGUUGGAAUGGUCAUUUGGCCAUUUAGCAAAACGCUGUACAGAAAAUACACAAACUUCCUGUCCUAUGCAUUGUGGAGUCAGUUCUCGUUCUUUGCGCACUGGUGGUCAGACGCGCAUUGUGACCUGUAUAUAUCUCCUGAAGACCAGCAGAUGUUGGGCAAGGAGCACUGUGUGUGCAUGGUGAACCAUACAUACGAGAUAGACUGGCUCAUGGCCUGGAUGAUGGCAGAGAGGCACGGAAUGAUGGGGAAUACAAAAAUAUAUGGUAAACACAUGAUGCGUUAUAUCCCCAUUAUUGGAUGGACCUGGUACUUCACGGAAAGCAUUUUUCUCCAGAGAAAUUGGGACGAAGACAAGAAAAUCUUGGAGAAAUCCAUAUCAGAACUUGUCACCUACCCAGAUCCAUUCUGGGUAACUGAGAAUUCACUGCUUCAGAACUGUGUUCUGUUGAUUUCAGAUCAAGUUUGCAAGUCUUAGUUCGUAUAACACAGGCGUUUUGCUGUUACAAUGUAUUUCAGCAUUAUUAUCUUGCAAUUUAAAACAACAUACAUAAUAUUUAUAACUUUAAUUUGUUGCAACAAAUUUAAAAUCACUGUUUGUACUGAUAGAUUGGGAAAUAUUAUUAUUGAAAUGAAGUGUUGCUAUCACAUUUAUCAAAAGCCAAAAGCUUCAUAACUUGCUACAUACAUAUUUGAAUGU